AUGGCUCGAACCAAAUCCCCCUCGAAGGCUGGAAAAAGCCCAUCCAAGCCAAAGGAACCCAAAGAAUCCGAUGUGAAAAGGCAGCUGCUGUUCCUGUGGGCCUGUCACAAGCUCUCAGAUGUUCAGGUUGACAUCCCAGCCGUCGCCAAACACUUUGGCAUCAAGAACAAUGCUGCUCGAAUGAGAUUCGAACGCCUGAAGAAGAGCCUUGACAAAAUGGAAGCUUCCGCCAAACAUGAUGAUGACCACAAGCCUCAGAGCAAAGAGCAGACUGACGAGGCCAAUACGGAGGACGAGGGCGAUGCCAUGAGUGAUUAA